AUGGUAUCCAAGUCACAGUAUCAUUCCAUGGUGCGAGAAUUACUCUCGGAUAUCGCGUUAAAACAACGCAGUGAUUUUGCAGUUGAUACGGAUAUCGAAAAAGGCAUCAUUGAACGUUUUGCGGCAUAUGGUCUCACGCCCAAUCGCAUGGUCGCGAUCGCCCGACGAGGUGUCGAAUGCGGAGAAUGGUUCUUUCCCUUCCUGGAAGGCGAGAAUAAGUUCGCUGCGACUCUAUACACAUCGAUGUUCUUCGCCAUCGACGACCUCAGCCCGGAAAUCACCGAGCCUCUUGGCAGUUUCUGCCAGAACCUACUGGUCGGCCGACCGCAAAAACAUCCACUUCUGCGAUUAUGCUUCGACGUUACCUUGGAAAUGAACCGAUUCUACGGCCGAUUCGCCUCAGAUAUGAUACUCAAGUCGAUGAUUGAGUUUCUGAGCGCCAAUCUGGUGGAGGUUAAGCUUCCUGGAAAGAUCACGCCACUUCCAAGCACGCCCAGCUUUCCCAGGUACUUCCGCCUCAAAUCCGGAAUGCCCGAGGCUUUCGCCUUCUUCCCUUUCCCAACGCUAGAUGAUGGCGAGGAUAACCUGGAUGAGUUCAUUCUUCUCCUCCCGGAUUUGAUCGAUUUCAUCGACGCCGGUAACGACAUACUGUCGUUCUACAAAGAGUCGAUCCUAUCGGACGACAGGGAGAAUUGCAUCCAUCAAUAUGCCGAUGCACAUUGUAUUUCUCCAGCGGAAUCGCUUAUCCACCACUGCGACUUGCUGAAGAAGUGUGUGAGCAACCUUCGUGCGUCGCUGUUGAAAUAUCCCCGUUGGGAAGACAAUCUGGAGCAGUUCAUCCAAGGAUAUCUAGGGUUCCAUAUUGCAUGUGACCGCUACCAUCUUGCUGAUUUUGCAAUUUUUGACACUUGAAUGCGCCCUCGCUGUGGGGUUACGGUCGGCUUUAUGAGAAUGAUACUCGAUUAGUAUCUUUAAAAUCCUAUUUCUUCAAUAUCUACCAUCUUGUCACAGGGAGGGGUUUUUGCAUGCCGC